UUUGUGGUUUAUCAUUCUUUGGACUGCGGUUGUCAAGGAUUCAGAGCCGGUAUGAUCUGCGCUAGGUGGCAUCUCCUUUCACGGAUGCCUCGGUGAGCUUCGGAGUCGGGCUACCGCUGAGGGGCUUCGGAAGGGCCUGUCUGUGCGCUGCGACCUGGACUGGGUGUGGGGAUCUGGCGGCAGGGGCUUCUUGGCCAGAGGUGGGCUGGGCAGAUGGGGGCAGAGGAGGUUGCUCCGCAGCCUGGAAGGGCCUUGUUAACCAAAAGUCACCGUCGUUGCGCCUACCCCUUUCCCCCACCCCAUGUCUAUUCCUGAGCUCUUCAACCUGUCUGCCCUGUACUGAUGGCACUCUGAACUCUGCCUGUCUGCAUCUUAGAAUCCGAAUAGAUUCGGAUAUGAAGAAAUGUUUGUAUUUUCCGAUGUCUUAUUCUCUACUGUGGACUUAUUUUAAAGAAUAAGCAGGGAGAGUUUUAAAAUAUGCCACAGCCUUUCUUAGUCUAAUUCACAUAAUAUAAAGGCUCUUGCUGCUAUCUAAUUUUUUAGAAGAAUAAAUAGCAUCUACUAUGUACCAGCCCAGCACUGUUCUAAGCACUUUCCAAAUAUCUGCUUCUCAUAACUCUAACAGAUAGGCACUGUUAUUAUGUAGACUACACCCCACCUCCCUGUCCCGCCCCUUUUUAAAAUUAACAUACAAGAAGAAAAUGAAGUAAUUUGCCUAAGGUCAUAGAGCUAGUAAGGGGUGUAGGCAGGAUUCAAAUACAGGCAAGUUGGCUCCAGAGUCCAUUUUCUUAAAACCUUUGCUAUGCUAACCCCACUCUGUUCCUGUAUUAGCUUUACAGCUAUAACCUGGGAAGUUACUUCGCUCAUUUGAAUCCCAUCCUUCUUUUGUACCUCAAUAGUCCUGGGCUUCUAGUUAGGAUUUGAUUGGAGAGAAUGUAUCUGAAGACGUCCAUCUUUCACAGUGUUUCUGCAAACCUGAUGAAACAGCCAUUUUAUUGGUUUAUGUGCAUGUUUCGCCCACCCAUCUUGUUCUUUGAGCAAUAGAAAAAGAUUACAGUCUUGGCCCUAAGGGAAAGUAGCAACUAUUAAUUAAACCACCAUUGUAUCAAAAUUGUACAUUAUGUCAUUAAAAGAUUAAUUUGCAUGUUUAUAUGCCAGGCUUUGUGCAAAAACACUUUCUAUGCAUUAUCUCAUUUAAUAUUCUCAACAAGUUGGCAAGGUAGUUUUUGACCUCAUUUCAUAUAUGAGCUUGAGGCUUAGAAAAAUCAGGUAACUUGCCCAAGAUCACUGUGUUAAAAUUCACAGAUGGUAAUCCCAGCACUUUGGGAGGCCGAGGUGGGCGGAUUACCUGAGGUCAGGAGUUGGAGACCAGCUUGACCAAUAUGGUGAAACUCCAUCCUACUAAAAAUGAAACAAUAAGCCAGGAGUGGUGGUAGGUGCCUGUAAUCCCAGCUAGUCUGGAGGCUGAGGCAGGAGGAUUGCUUGAACCUGGGAGGCAGAGGUUGCAAGUGAGCCGAGAUCACACCACUGCACUCUCGCCUGGGCAAAAAGCAAGACUCUUGUCUCAAAAAAAAAAAAAAGAAUAAACAACCAUAUCUGUCUGUGUUCUCUGCUACCUCAUACUACCUUCUACUUAUCUAAGGUAGAUAAAAUGUAUGGGCUUAUAUCAACUCUAUGUGUGCACAUGUGUAUACAUGUGUAUAUACUAUUGCAAAUGCAUAGAAAAGAACACAUUCCAGUCUUUAAGACUGUUUAUUUCAGGGUAGUAGAACUUGGUGAAAGAAUUCUAUAUUCCUCUCUACUUUUUGGAUUUAAAAAAAUGGUUCUGAAGAGAAGUAAUGGUACAAGAUAAAUUGUGACUGAGGGUGAAAGGUGGGACUCAUACAGUACAUGACAUGUGAAUGGGCAGGAGGAACAGGGUGAGCUGAAAUGGAUAAAGAAGGCUUCAGAGAGGAUGUGAGAUUUGAAUCAAGCUGCAGAGAUUGGGUAGGGUUUGAAUAAGGGAAGAAGGCAAGACCAAGCUCAUGGCACAGGGAUGAGAAACGCCUGAUUAGAAUAGUGAAGAGAAAAACCUGACUGGAGCUGAGAGUUUUUGCUUGUGGAAUAGAGGAAACCAAGAGUGGAGCCAGACAACAGAAGCUAAAGGUCUGACUGGUUUUAAACUGUGCUUGAGAGUUUGGGAAUUCAUCCAAUUAGUGAGGAGCCAUAGAUGGUGUCAGCAGAGGUGAGGGUCGUGGGAUGUAUGACGAUAAAGGCAUGUUUGUAUUAUGUGCUGCUUAGUCUUCACCUACGUGCCUAUCCUUGUUAAAGAUAAUCCUUCCAUGAGGAUGAUGGUAGAUUUGGGGGUGUUGAGCUUGCUGAGGCUUUAGGAGGAACAACUUUAAAAUGCAGAUGUAUUUUUUAAGGUAAGAUUUAUUAUACUAAUUAUAUACUUGGCAUAUACAUUGAGGUUGUGAUUCUGAAUGGAAGAUUAGGAACUCUAUGUUUGUGACCAGGAGGGCAGGAUUACAAAAAACUGGGGAAGCCUUUUGGAGACACUGGGUUCAAAGAACUCAGGUAUGCUGGUGCAAGGAUCUGGGUAUUAAGGCCAGCAGAUAAAAGCAAAAUCAGGUGAAUGAAGGCAAAAAUGAACCCAGAGUAUAUAGAGAAAAUAGGGAAAUUUAUAUUUGGGAAACUGUGUAAAGAUUUGAAACACCAUAUCCCAGAAAUGAAUUUUUCUGGGCAGAGUUCUAAGAUUCAGCUGCAUUGUCUUUGAAUAGAAAAACUUUGACUUGAAACCAAGUGGCUCAGGUGGUAAAUAAGAAAAAGACAUUUUUCGGACCCUAGAAGAUUGAAAAAAACAAGAAAGUGUGAGUGGCUGUUUCAUCCUUUGAAUCCAUGGUAUGUUUAUUGAGUAAUGUGAGUACAUAUUCUGAAUUUAGCUAUUUGAUAUUUGUACCACAAAACUUUCUUACCCUAGAACAAAUUCAGCAGACCGUGUUUCAGGCCAUGAUGAUCUCUUCCCUGGAUGAUUGUCAUAGCAUCCCUCUCUGCCUCCACUUAACCCCAAGGUCAUUGACACAGCAGCUAGAGUUAUGCUUUUGUAUUAAAUGUAAGUAAAAUUUUGUUACCGCUUGGCUCAAAAAUCCCCAAUGGUUUCCAAAUUUCAUUGAGUACAAGCUAGAGCCCUUACCACUGCCUUUCAUGAUCAGUUCCCAAGCUCCCUGCUUUAUCUCCUGUCAAUUUCCCUUUUGUUUUCUUUGUUCCAGUCAUUGUUCAACUAGCUAUUACCUGAAGAAUCCAGGUGUGUUCCCAUCUGCACAAAUUUGCACUUGCAGUUCCCUUUGCAUGGAACAGUCUUUCUCCAGAUAGCCAUGUGACUUGCUCCUCACUUCCUUCAGAUCUCGGGGUUUCCAGAAGAAAAGAUCAAGGGAGAAUUAUCAAGAAUAGAUUCUUUUUCUGAAUAGUUAAACCUUUGAUGGCCUUAACCUUGACCCUUCAGACUGCAGAGAUGCAGGAAGGACUUCUGGCAGUGAAGGUAAAGGAGGAAGAAGAGGAACAUUCCUGUGGGCCAGAAUCAGGCCUGUCAAGAAAUAACCCUCAUACCAGAGAGAUCUUUCGUAGACGCUUCAGACAGUUCUGCUAUCAGGAGACCCCUGGGCCCCGGGAGGCUCUUCGAAGACUCCAGGAGCUCUGCCAUCAGUGGCUGAGACCAGAGACGCACACCAAGGAGCAGAUUCUAGAGCUGCUGGUGCUGGAGCAGUUCCUGAGUAUCCUGCCCGAGGAGCUCCAGGCCUGGGUCAGAGAGCACCAUCCUGUGAGUGGAGAGGAGGCAGUGACUGUGCUGGAGGAUUUGGAGAGAGAGCUGGAUGAACCAGGAGAGCAGGUCCUGAGCCAUGCUCAUGAACAGGAAGAGUUUGUAAAGGAGAAGGCAACUCCAGGAGCAGCUCAGGAGUCAUCAAAUGACCAAUUCCAAACCUUGGAAGAGCAACUUCGGUAUAAUUUGCGAGAGGUGUGCCCAGUUCAGGAGAUUGAUGGCAAGGCUGGGACUUGGAAUGUGGAGUUAGCCCCAAAGAGGGAGAUUUCUCAGGAAGUGAAAUCUCUUGUACAAGUUCCUGGAAAACUGAAUGGUAAUAUUACUCAGAUGCCUGAGUAUGGAGCUAUCUGUGACCAAGAGGGCAGAUUGGAAAAGCAAAGGGUGAGCUCUUCAGUGGAGAGACCCUAUAUCUGUAAUGAAUGUGGAAAAAGCUUCACCCAGAAUUCCAUCCUUAUUGAGCACCAGAGAACACACACAGGUGAGAAGCCUUAUGAAUGUGACGAGUGUGGGCGGGCCUUCAGCCAGCGGUCAGGCCUAUUCCAGCACCAGAGACUCCACACUGGGGAGAAGCGCUACCAGUGCAGUGUUUGUGGCAAAGCCUUCAGCCAGAAUGCCGGGCUUUUCCAUCACCUCAGAAUUCACACUGGGGAGAAACCUUACCAGUGCAAUCAGUGCAAUAAGAGUUUUAGUCGACGUUCAGUCCUCAUUAAGCAUCAGAGAAUUCACACUGGAGAGAGACCUUAUGAAUGUGAAGAAUGUGGCAAGAACUUCAUUUACCAUUGCAACCUAAUCCAGCAUCGGAAAGUCCACCCUGUGGCUGAAUCAAGCUAGCUCCUUGGAACAGGCCUCCCUAUUCCCUGAGACACAACAGUGUCAAAAUGAAACCAGUUAAUAACACUACAGUGGCAUCUCAGUGUUCAAGUGAAAGGAAGAGUCUCACAUCUCUCUCUUUAAAUCAAAAGUUAGAAAUGAUUAAGCUUAGUGAGGAAGACAUGUUGAAAGCUGAGAUAGGUUGAAAGCUAGGCCUCUUGUACCGAACAGCCAGUUGUGAAUGCAAAGGAAAAGUUCUUGAAGGAAGUUAAAGCCACUCCACUGAACACAUGAGUGAUAAGAAAGCAAAACAGCUUUAUUGCUGAUAUGGAGCAAGUUUGAGUGAUCUGGAAAGAUCAAACCAGCCACAACAUGCCGUUGAGCCACAGCGUAAUCCACAGCAGGAUCCUAACUCUCUUCAAUUCUAUGACGGCUGAGAGAUGAAGAAGCUGCAGAAGAAAAGUUAGAAGCUAGCAGAGGUUGGUUCAUGAGAUUUAAGGAAAGAAGCUGUCUCCACAACAUAACAGUGCAAAGUGAAGCAGCAAAUGUUGAUGUAGACACUGCAGGAAGUUAUUCAGAAAACCUAGCUAAGAUAGUGGAUGAAGGUAGCUAUACUAAAGAACAGACUUUUAAUUAGAUGAAAUACUUUAUAUUGGAAGAAUAUACCAUCUUGGACUUCCAUAACUAGAGAGAAGUCAGUGCCUGGCUUCAAAGGACAGUCUGACUUUCUUGAUAGGAGCUAAUGGAGUUGGUGACUUGAAGUUGAAGCCAAUGCUCAUUUACUAAGCUGAAAAUCUUAGAAUCCUUAAGGAUCAUGCUGGCUGGGCAUGCUGUAAUCCUAGCACAUUAGGAGACCAAGUCAGGAGGAUUGCUGAGCCCAGGAGUUUGAGACCAGCCUGGGCAACAUGGAAAAACCCUGUCUCUACAAAAAAACAAAAACAAAAACAAAAACAAAAAUUAGCUAGGUGUGGUGGCACACACCUUUGCUCCCACCUACUAGGGAAGCUAAAGUGGGUGGAUUGCUUGAGCCUGGGAGGCAGAGGUUGCAGUGAGCCACGAUUGCACCACUGCACUCCAGCCUGGGUAAUAGAGAAAGAACCUGUCCCAAACAAACAAAAAGAA